AUGAAUCUAUUCGCUGUGAAUAUCAUGUCACACACAGCGAAUUCUCGUGUAACACUGGCGUCCGAAAAUUAUCCCAAGAAAAUGCUUGAUGGGUGGUACUGUCGCUCUAUAGCGAAUAUGCAAGCUAAUGAAGCAGCCAGUGCCAGCAAUAGCGUAAGUGCUGAGGCACCAAACAGUCGAGAUUCACGAAAAGAUUAUUCCAGCGAUAGUAGUAGCGAUCCAGAACCUGAGCCCAAUUACAAAGCGCAAUAUUUAAGUCUAAAAAAGAAAUUAAAAUAUCUCAUUUAUGAGAAUGAAUGUUUUCAAGAUGCUCUUCGAUGCAGUCAAAAACGACUUUUAAAAGUUUCAAGAGAUCGCAGUUUCCUGCUAGAUAGACUUCUGCAAUAUGAAAAACAUGAAAGCACAACUUCAGACAGUGAAGAAACGGAAUCCUCUGAUGAUGCUACUUAUAAUCAUUCAGAGGUUAUGAAACGGAAAAAGAUGGACACUGGUGCUGGACAGCAAGCUUUAUCCACGCCAUCUUCACUCAAUAAAGGUCUCAAUAAUACUAUGAAAAGGAAAAGAGCUGUUGUCCCUAAAAAAACACCAAAUACUAAUAUUCCUCAUCAAGCUAGUGGCGCAAUGAUGGCGAAGGCAUCGCCAGCACUAGGAUUCGGCCUGUCGGCCAGCGACGGUCACAUGACGCCCGAGGAAGUGGAGCGCCACCUACAGUCGAGGCAGUCGUACCUGGAAUUAUUGCCUGAGCGUGCGCCCCCCACAGUCCCCACGGAGAUGUUUAGCAACGAUCCUUCAUUAGACAGUGAAUCUAAUGACGUUAUCGAGAACUCACCUAAUGUAGAGGAAUGGUUCGAU